AUUCACUCUAUCUGGUCUCCCACAGUACACAGAACAUGAAAUUUAUUUUAGUAAAUAUAAACUGCUAAAUACUUUUGUGACUUCUAUCAGUGUCCAGCCAAGCACUAGUUAAAGCUUGUAGGAGGAAUUUUCAUUUUGCUCUAGGAGGAUGCAGAACCCCUGACCUCUGACCACUGUCUUGAGUGAUGAUUGGCCCCGUGCUCAUCAAUUCACUCUCCCAAGAAAAAAAAUACCUCUCUAAUCAUACACACCAAACUGAGCUUGUGCAGAGUGACUCCACACGAUAUGUCUUAUCGGGAGAUACGAGAGGGACACUGGAAGAAGGGGAGGAUCAGAGAAGUCAGGAUCAAACAGCGUUUUUAUACAAUGCAGAGGAUUAACCUAUUAGGUUCCACAGUGAGUAUAACAAGCAUGCUUUACUGCAUAUACAAACUGAUUUUACUGUUGGAGAUUUAG